UUCUUCCUCCUCUCUUAGGGUUUACUGUUAAUCCCUCAAAACCCUCACACUUUCAAAUUCACCAGCUUCGAAUUUCAAUUCAUGGCCCCACAUCAGGACCCCUAACUCUAUCGCUCCACUCUUUCGAACAAUUCCACAUCGUUCAAUAGCUACCUCAGAGAUCUCGGUAAUGAACAACGAUUUCGAAUCCGACGCGAAAUCCGAUUCCGGAGACGCCGGUAAGGCUUUGAACGGCGGCGCCGGUAUCUCCGAGGAUGAUGCUAGGGUUUUGCCGACGGAGGAGAGCGAGGGCGGCGGGAGAUCUGAGGAGGAUAAGGUUAGGGUUAGCGAGGAGAGUGGCGGUGGAAAUGUAGAUAAGGUAACGGAGUCGAAUCCGAGCGGCGGCGAGGGGUUGGAUUACGACGAAGAGGAUGACGUGUUUGAUAUCGGGAGGGUUGAGCUUGAUGAGGAUCAGGAGGAGGAUAGCUCCGAGGCUCAGAACGAUGGGGAUAGAGAUGAGAGUGUGGAUUUGUUAUCGGAGUUUGAUGAGUUUGUGGCUAAUGAGAAGGACGGUAUGGCUUUAGGGACUUCCAGAGCUCUGAGCUACGGUUUCCAAGUCGGAGACAUGGUGUGGGGGAAGGUGAAGUCUCAUCCGUGGUGGCCAGGGCAUAUAUUCAAUGAGGCCUUCGCUACGUCUCAGGUGCGGCGGACUAGAAGAGAAGGUCAUGUCUUGGUGGCCUUCUUUGGUGAUAGUAGCUACGGCUGGUUCGACCCGGCUGAGCUUAUCCCAUUCGAGCCUCAUUUUGCUGAGAAGUCUCGGCAGACGAAUUACAGGAAUUUCGCCAGGGCUGUGGAGGAGGCUGUGGAUGAGGCGAGCCGGAGGUGUGGCGUUGGGUUUGUGUGUAAAUGUAGGAAUCCGUAUAAUUUUCGGGGUACUAGUGUGCCUGGGUACUUUGUUGUUGAUGUGCCGGAUUAUGAGCAUGGGGCGGUUUAUUCUACGGAUCAGAUUAAGAAGGCCAGGGAUGGUUUUAAUCCUGCUGAGCUUGUGUCUCUGGUAAAGCAGUUGGCGAAGUCACCAGUCCAAGGGGAUCAGAAGAGCCUUAGCUUCAUUAAGAAUAAGGCUACUAUGUUUGCUUAUCGGAAGGCAGUGUUUGAGGAGUAUGAUGAGACCUAUGCUCAGGCAUUUGGGGCUCGGUCUUCACGACCUGCUGUGCCAGAUCAGCCUGUUAAGCCUCGAGCACCUUUGAGCGGUCCUUUGGUGAUUGCUGAAGUCCUGGGUGGACGGAAGAGUGCCACAAAACCCAUGAAAGUCAAGGACCAUUCAAAAAAAGACAAAUACCUUUUCAAGCGGAGAGAUGAAGCUAGUAACGUGAAACCCCACCAAACUACGCAGGGCCAAGCUAGUUCCUCAGCCGCAUCUACUUACUUGGAGGGAUCAGUAGCAUUAGGAGAUGGAGACUAUAAGUUGCAAAAGAGGGCACCGUCUAUCUCUAUGAAGCCUCAGGUUUUAAAACAUGAGCAGACUGAGAAUAUGAGCAGGGAUGCUUCUGGAAAAGAACCUGUAAACAUAAAUCAGGUACCAGCAAACAGCUCUGUUGCCAGCCAAGGUGUUACCACCGGUUCAAAGCUAUCUCUGAAGCUUUCUUUUGACAAGGAAACUGGAGCCCUGCAGGAAGUGAAAGAUGCAUUGACACAGAAUGUAGCUGAGGGUCAUUCAAGCACAGGUCACUCUGAAUUAUUCAGUCAGGGGACCAAGCAAUGUAUAAAAGAUGAACCAUCACAAUCUUUGAAGCAGGAAGGGGAGGGUCCAAUGGAGGUUGAAGGGAGUGCCAAAUUGUCUGGGUUAAAGGAAGACAAUGAAUUGUCUGGUCACACUGUUGGAGAUUCUUCACUGAUCGAGGCAAAGAGUUCAGCUGGAAAGAAGGCUGUUGGUGGAGUGAAAAAGGCAAAGUUUCUUAAACGGCCACGGGGUGACAUGAACCCUGCCAUAUCUGUUAUGGAAGAUAAAAAGAAAAAGAAGAAGAAGAGACAGUUAGGUUCCGAUAUAGGCUUCAGAGAUCCACAGAGGAUUGUGACUUCCGGAAAAGUGGGUUCCGUGGUGGAUAGGGAUGCAGGAAAUGACAAUCAUGCAGGUUUGUCUCCAGAGGAAGAUUUCAAGGUAGAACAUCAUAAGAAAGAUGUUACUGUCAAGAAGGCCUUGUCUGAAUCUGCUGGAUUGUUGCCAAUUCUUACAGAGGUUGAAUUACCGCAACUAGUAAGCGAUUUGCAAGCCCUUGCCCUUGAUCCUUUUCAUGGUCGUGAAACAAACAACCCUACCAUUGUUCGGCAGUUCUUUCUGCAAUUCCGGGCCCUCGUCUAUCAGAAAAGCUUGGUCCUGUCACCACCAUCAGAGACAGAGCCUCUUGAAGGUCACAUCGCUAAAAAUCCAUCUGGUGUCAAAACCUCAGAAAUUUCUCCUCCGGAACCAGUAAGAGAUGUUCCCUCCUCGAAGUCGGCAAAACCCUUGUUCAGAUCUGGUGAUCGCACCAUAGCUGGGCGGAAACGUGCUCCGUCCGAUCGUCAAGGAGAGAUUGCAGCUAAGAAGUCAAAGAAAAUGAGUGAUUUAAAAUUAUUGCAUGCAGAGAGGAAGAUUGGGCAAAAAAGUCAAGAGACCCAGCGUGGAGAGGUAAAAGAAUCAGCGGUGCCCAUUCCACGGAGGGCACCAAAGCCAGGUCUUGUGAAGAAAAUGGAACCUCCGUCCAAGGUUGUUGAGCCCACCAUGCUCGUGAUGAAAUUCCCUCCCACAAUCUCUCUGCCUUCACCAGCAGAACUGAAGGCAAAGUUUGCUCGUUUUGGACCUACGGAUCAGUCUGGUCUCCGUGUGUUCUACAAGUCCUCAACAUGUCGAGUUGUAUUUCUGUACAAAUCUGAUGCACAAGCAGCAUUUAAGUUUGCAAGUUCAAACAAAUCCUUUCUUGGCAACGUCAAUGUGAGGUUCCAGCUUCGAGAGGUGGACGGUCCUGAAGUUCCUGCAUCUGGGAAGGGUUAUGGAGAUGACAAUUCUACUGAGACUCCGCGCGCUAAGGAUUCUGCAUUUAUGCCAACUCCGGCACUCAAACAGCGGCAGCAGCAGUCUCUCUCACACAGUGCAGUCCAGCCGAAGUCGAUUCUGAAGAAGUCAUCGGGUGACGAGCCUCGAGGACAGGUAACUGGUGGCAAUGGAAAUAGUAAAGGAACUGCCCGUGUAAAAUUCAUGUUGGGUGGUGAAGAACCUAGUAGAAAUGAGCAAUUGAUGAUGCCUGGUAAUAGAAAUAACUUCAACAACAGUGCUAGUUUUGCAGAUGAUGGUGCACCUUCUUCUUCUACUUCUGUUGCUAUGAUGAAUUAUAAUGCUAGAAACUCUCAAAAGGUUACCCUUCCACCUUCUUCAUUGCCUCCUAUUCUUCCUCUUCCCCAUAGUCGGCCUUUACCUUCUCAAUAUGCAAAACCACCACCACCACAUAAUAAUUUUUCACAGCAGCAUUCAGAAAUGGCACUACCUCCACUGCCACCACCCAGCAGAAACAGUCACAGUAUUAUAAACACCCCCGCCACAUUUCCGAGUGCACCCACAGUUGAUAUUUCCCAGCAGAUGCUAAGCCUGUUGACCAGGUGCAAUGAUGUUGUGACCAACGUAAAGGGUUACCUUGGAUAUGUGCCCUACCAUCCUCUUUGAUCAGGCCCUGAAUAUAUAUGCCCAUAAAGCAAGUUCAGAAAAUUACAUAUCGCGUCAAAGAAAGCUUCGAGUUGGCUUGAACCCUUCCCAGCUAUAAAUUUGCGGCCGAAGCUGUCGAAGAGGCUGCCAGUCUAUAAGCAAAUUGUUGUCUCAGCAGACCAUGUAGUUUUUUGUUUACAAGUGAAAUACUCACAUAUGUACUCAUGAUAUUGAUAGUGGCAUCUUGAUUGUUGAUUAUCUGCUCUUUUUUUGGUUUGAGUU